AUGGUUGUUCGACUUGCGAAUUUCAUCGAAACCAACGAUGAAAUCGAAGAGGAAACAAUGGCAACUCGAGGCCUAUUCGAUCUCUCAACUCUUCUCAAAAUUCUUCCGGAUGAAUCGGAAAAUGCUCCGAAAAAUGACAAAUCUUGGGCGAUAAAAACGGCGCAAAGUCAACGAUAUCUUAUUCUCGCUUCUGGAUUACAAAUGGUUGUUUUCAAUCUCGAAGAAUCGGCUGCGAAGGCUGAAAAACAAUAUACAAUGAAUUUCGACGCGCCAAUCAAUGAUAUCGAAAUAAUCGGUGAUUCCUGCUUCAUUUGCAUCGUUUACGGUGAUCAUAACAUCUCAAUUCUAUCAAUGGAAAACAAAACUUUGUAUUUCAAUGAGAAAUCGCCGACACCAAUUGCUCAUGUUAAUUGCAAUAUUUCAAAUGAUCAAUGUAAUUUGGUUUUUGCGAAUAAUUCGGGUCAAACUUUCAAGGCAGUUUUUGAUAGUGGAGUUGCGGAAGGACAUGGUGUAAAUCGAAUUGUUAAUCUGAGCAAUGAUGAGAUUCUUAAAUAUUUCAAAAAGGUAUUUAAUGAAUGUCGGUGUGUGCGCGCGGUCGCGUUGCGGUCGAAAUUCAUUUUUUCCUCGAAAAUGUUGUUUUUUCACAAAAAAAAACGGUCAUUUUUGCGUAAUUAAAUUGAAGUUAUUCAUUUUCAAAGUUUCGCUGUUGUUAUUUAAUAUUUUUUCAGCAAAAUAGAUGAAAAUAUUCACAAAAUUGAAUAUUAUAGGUUUUUCAGACUGAAAACGGUACAAAAACAUUAGUAAAGCACAGUUUUCAGUCUGAAAAACCUAAUAUCCAAUUUUGUGAAUAUUUUCACUAUUUUGCUGAAAAAAUAAUGAAUAACAACUUUGAAAAUGAAUAACUUCAAUUUAAUUACGCAAAAAUGACUUUUUUUUGUAAAAAAAAAACAACAUUUUCGAGGAAAAAAUGAAUUUCGACCGCAACGCGACCGCGCGCACACACCGACAUUCAUUGAUUGCUCAAUUCCACAAUAUAUUUUGCAGCACCUCGUCUAUGAAAUCACCCCGCAAGAUCUCGAUUUCUCCAACAUCAAUGGUCCAAUCUCCUUCAUCUCCACAGGAUCCCUCCAAUCUUUCGCAAGUCUCAACGAAACUUCCGGAUUCCACUGGAAUGACGUCGAUUCCAAGGAGUUUAUCGAAUUUGAAAGCGAUGAAAAAUGGCUGAAAAUCCGGGAGACUGGAAGAUUCACCUUGUUUUUGGCUGAAAAUGGGUGCAUCCAUGUUUUUGAUCCGACAACUCUGUCUUUUGUGGAUGUUUUGGAUUUGAAACCCGAGGAAACUGACAAGAUUUUGGAUUUUGUUAUUGUGGAAAAUGAUGUUUAUGGAGUCCCAAUGGUGUAUGCGAUGGUUAUUCAGAAGGCGAAUCAAAAUGAAUAUUAUUUGGUGAUUUUCGAUAAAUCAAAGGAAUCGGUGACUUUUGAGGUGAAAUGCUCAAUGGACACGUCGAUUUUUGCGUUUGAAGGGAGCGAUCGGAUUUUGAUCACUGUGGAAGAAGUUGAUCAGUGAGUUUGCCACGUCAUAACUCAUUUGAAGAGGUAGACUAUCUUCGGAUGAAUUUUGAUCGUGUGGAGAACUCUGAGAAAAUAUUUCAGCCUCCAAAUAUAAGCUAUGACGUGGCAAAUCUGGAAAAAAAAUGGGCUUUUAGAGCUCAGAACUAGAUUUCGAACUGGUUUUAUCGCGAAUCUAGUUAGACCUGCCACGUCAUAACUCAUAUGUUUCAUUAAAAUUCCCGAUUUCAAGCUGGAAUUUUGAAAUUUUCAGAAAAAGCACAAGCUUCCGAACUAUUUUUCUGAAGAUUUCAGCUUGAAAUCGGGAAUUUUAAUAAAAUUUUAGUUUUCGCCGGAAAAUUCCAGAACUCACGAGCUAUGACGUGGCAAAUCUCGAAAAAAAGGAGCUCAGAAAUGGUUUUCUUGAAAAUCUAAUCAGUUUUGACCUGCCACGUCAUAACUCAUAUUUUUCAUUAAAAUUUCCGAGGUCAAGCUGAAAUGUGACAUUUUUCAGAAAAAACACAAGCUUCCGAACUAUUAAAUUUUCAUUUUUCAGCUUGAAAUCGGGAAUUUUAAUGAAAUCUAUGCUUUUUUCGAAAAUUCCAGAACUCACGAGCUAUGACGUGGCAAAUCUGGAAAAAGAGGAACUCAGAACUAGAUUUAAAACUGGUUUUCUUGAAAAUCUAGUUACCUCCGAAAGUUCCAAGUUUGCCACGUCAUAACUCAAAAAUCCAAUUUCACUUUCUAGAAUUUUCAGAUCAGUAGUAGUCAAUCAAGUCUCCCAAUCCCGUCCCGAACUCAAAUUCGAAGCACUUCUCAAACAAAAUCGUUUCGAUGAAGCUGAAACCUUUGCCAAAACGCACAAUCUCGAUUUGCAAAAAGUCUACAGAGGUCGCGCAUAUUAUUUGAUCGAUAGAUGUGAUGAAAAUGAAGAGGAUUUCAAGAUUAUGCUGAAAACUGUUGAUAUGAUAACUGAUAAUGAUAUGGUUGCUGAUUUGUUCUUCUCGCUGAUUCAAAUGAGCCAAAAAUUCGAUCGAAUUAACACGUAUUUGUCAAGAGCCAAAAAGAGAAGAAUCACUGAUUUGGAGACUUUGAAACAUAUCGAAAAUUGUUGUUUUAUUCUGUCGACCUAUCAAAUCAUCAGAGGACCAAAUUUCAAGGGAAACGAAGAUGGAGAAAAAAUGGAGAGAGAAAGUAUUUGGGAGGUUUUUGUGAAUGCAUUGCAUGGAGAGGAUGAGUGGGUGAAGUUGUAUUUGAAGUUUGUGCAAAUGGCGGCGAUUACGGUGGGUUAUGACGUGGUAUUUUGGUGGAUUCGAAACAAAAAUUGAAAUUAAUUUUGAGAAAAUCACAUUUUUAAAAAAAAGAUUUCAUGGAAAUUUUUAUUCUGAAAAGUUCAAAUUUUCAAGGCGAAUUUGAUUGAAAAAUUGUUUGAAAUUAAAAAAAAAACAUUGAAAAGCUUAAGAAAAAUCACUUUUUUCGAACUUUUUUCAAAAUUUUCAUGGAACAAUUUUCAGAAAAUUGAAAAAUUUCUAAUUUUAUCCUGUAAAAUUCAAAUUUUCAUUUGAUUUUUAUUUUGAAAAAUUGAAAUUUGAAUUUUUGCCAGCCGAAAAUCAUUUAAAAAAGCUUGAAAUUUAAUUUUUCUAAUUUUUCAUCAGUUUUUUUAGCUCAAAAAAUUGAGAAAAUCAUAUUUUUUCAAAUUUUGAUGGAAAAAUAUCUAAAAAAUCGGAAAAUUUAUAAUUUUCAAUUUUUUUUUUUGAAAAAUUGAAUUUUUCACCGAAAAUCAUUGAAAAACUGUCAAUUUUCAGAAAAAUCUGAUUUUUUCUCAUAAAAUUUCACUAUUUUUCCAGGAUGCCCGUGUAAUUUGGUCUCGCCAUGGAAAAUCAAUAAUCGAUUUUGUCCUCCAAGAAAUCGAGCAAAAUUCAAUCUCAAAACUUUUCGAUCUAUUCUCCGAAGCAAUUUCAAUCGAUAUCACAUGCUGGAAUAGUCUCAUCGAACACAUUUCAAUCGAUAUUUUCCAAGAAUGUUUGGAUUUUUCGGAUUCUCUUGUGCCAUUUGUCGAACAAUUAGUUGUUCAUGUCAUCACUUGCCUGGAAAUUCGAGAUUCUGCAAACUGGCCUGAUAAUGCGAUAAAAGCGUCGAAUUGUUUUGAGAAUAUGACAAAAGUGUUGGCUGAGCGAUUUAUUACACCACAAGAUCAGGCAUAUUUGGCGAUUAAUGCGAGAGUUUUGUGUGUUUCGGAUGAUGAGCGGAAUAAGACGACACCGAUUUCGAGAAUGAUGGUGAGAGAGCUAAAAAAAUUUGAAUUUGGCGCCAAAAUUAUGUUUUGGAGCCGAAUUUCCGGUGUAAACUGGCAGCAUAGUUUGAAGUAAAAAUUCGAAAUUUUCCCCAAAAAUCUUCUGCUCCUCAAGCUCUUUUGGAUUUUCUGAAAAUUCAGAAAUUUGAUUUUUAAAUUAAAUAUUCAACGAAAAAAAUUCCUGGAAAAUUUACGUUUCAAAUUUUCGAUUUUAUGAAUUUUUGUGUUUGUGAAAUGCUAAUUCUUCUAUUUUUUGCGCCGAAAAAUUCGUAGAUUACUGUCACACCUCGGCCAAGCCAUGGCUGGCCAGAGUACAAUUUUUUGAAAACUCUGAAUUUUGGUUUUUAGAGGUCAACAAUUGAAAAAUCACAAUUUUUAGAGGACAAAAACUCAAAAAUUCACAAUUUUUGUACUUUAAAAAGUUAGCGUAUAAUUUUUUAUGGUGAAAACCACGAUUUUGGCCGACGUGUGAUUACUGUAGAAAAUUACUGUACCAAUUCAUUUUUGGCACAGUAAUUUUCUACAGUAACCAAAUAUAUUUUCAACCAUUUUUCGUGAAAUUUUUUCUUCCCAAUUAAAAAUUCUGAGCUUCAAAUCAAAAAAAAAAAUAUCGGAAAAAGUGCCACGUGGAUUUUGAUCGUCAUGAUUGUGGUUUAAAAAAAAAUCCACUUGUCAGUUUUUCUAAAAUAAAAAUUUCGUGGUUAAAAAAUAAUGAAAUUUUUGAAAUGAAAUUGUUUUUUUUUACAAAAAUCAAAUUUUUUUGCACAAAAAAAUCCACGUAGAUUUUUAUCCAGUUUUUUUCCUCGUUUUUCAAAAAAUCCACAUUUUGCAGCGAGUUCAUCACAUUCUUCUUGACAUCAAAAAAUUGGCCACCGAUUAUUGUUGUCAAAUUCAAUUCUCAUUAUAUCCAAACUUGACAAAUGAGGAUAUUUGCCAUCGAAUUCUCCAAAAUGCCCUCUAUGAUCCAAAUACGACAAAUGCGAAAAUCGAGAAAUUUGUGAAACCAUUUAUGCAAGAAAGGAAUUUGAAUCAAGAUCAAACAAUAUUCAAUUAUAUUCAAAUAAUGUCUGGCAACGCAUUUUCGAUCAAUAAAAAUGGUGGAAAUAAUGUGUCGAAUUCGGCGAUGAAUAUUAUUGGAUGGGAGAUUCAAUGUGUUCAAUUGUGUGCGAGUUUGGCGGAUGAGACAAGAAAAUGUCGAUCGAUUAUAUCGAUUGCAUCGGCUGCCAAAAUCCCGUGGCCACGACCAUUGAAUGAAGCGGUUGAGAGGAUUUUGAAGAGUAGAAGUUUGGCAAGAUCUGAGUGAGCAUUUUUGGGAAAAUUCAUACGGAAAAAGUCGUUGAAACUAGAAAUUUACAUCGAAAAUCGUAAUUUUUGGCUCUAGAAUGGUUGAAUUUUGAAAACUAGAAAAUUUGGUUUUUUUUUUGAAAUUAAAAAUUCAGCCCAGAAAAUUUUUUUUUACUGAAAAUGACCUGGAAAAUUGAAUUUUGGAAAUUAGAAAAACCCCCAUUGAAACUAGAAAUUUUUCUCUAAAAUCGUAAUUUUGUCAAAUUUUCAGCUGAAAAACCACGUGGAAUUUUUUUUUAAUUAAAAAUUCAGCCCAGAAAAUUUUUUUUUACUGAAAAUGACCUGGAAAAUUGAAUUUUGGAAAUUAUAAAAUUGCGUGAAAAAAUGGAUCCACGUGGAUUUUCAGCUGAAAAACCACGUGGAAUUUUUUAAAAUCAAAAUUUCUGAAAAUGACCUGGAAAACCGAAUUUUGGAAACUAGAAAAUUGCGCUAAAAAUAGCUAUUUUCAGUUUUUUUCUGAAAAACCACGUGGAUUUUUUUAAAAUCAAAAUUUUGGACACAAAAAAUUUUAUUUGAAAAUUUCUGAAAAUGACCUGGAAAAUCGAAUUUUUGGAAACUAGAAAAAACCUGAGGAAACUAGAAAAUUGCGCCAAAAAUGAAUCUACGUGGAUUUUUAGCUAAAAAACCACGUUGAAUUUUUUAAGAUCAAAAUUUCAGCCCAGAAAGUUUUAUUUUGAAAAUUCGAUUUUUUGCGCCUGCCCAAAAAAUUCCACGUGGAUUUUAAUCUUGAAAAAUCCGAUUUUUGACGAAAUAUUCAAAAAUUCUUCCUGAAGUCCUGAAUUUUGAAAUUUCCUGGCACAGACCUCUGAUUUCCAGUGUUCCAUAAAAAAUAAUGUUUUUUCAGCAUCGAUGAAAUGCGUUCAGUUUGUCAACAAACUGAAUUAAUCCAACUUCUAUCAUCAUAUUAUCCACAAGAUCGAAGUUUCUACAAUUUCAUUUCACCCAAAAACAAGAAUAUAAUGUUUGACAUUAUUCCAAUAAUUCGUUGCAUAAUUGCGGAUGAAGAAAGAAAUUCGAGAUUUGUGGAUGCGAUUAAAGUAUUGGAAUUGGUCGAUUUGGUGACACAAAUUGAUUGGAGAGAAUCGUUGAAUUUGGAAUAUGUGAAGGCUGAAAUUGUGAUUCAUAUGAUGAAAAGUGGAGAUGUUGUGAGUUUUUUAGUUGGUUUUGGGCUGGAAUUUCAGCCGGAAAAUUUUGCAUUUUUUGAAGUUAUACAAAGUGAGUUUUUCUUGAAAAACCAUCAGAUUUUGAUGCUGAAAAUUGUGUUAGUUCAAAAACAUUGUGAGCAAUAAUUUCAGAUUGAAAACCCUUAUGUCGAAUUUUUGAAACGUAUUUUUUCCUGGAAUUUUUUGGGAAUUUUUUUUUCGAAAAAAAUUAAAUGAAUGAGACACGCGAUUUUUUGAGCCAAAAUUUUUGUUAAAAAAAUAGAUUCAUCACUAAAUUUUUUUUAGUUUUUUGAGGUGAAAUUACGUUGAAUAGCAGCCUCAAAAUGUAAAUUUUCGAAAAAUAAAGUGAAAUUUCACCUUGAAUAUUUGAUUUUUCGGAAAAUUUAGUUUUUGAACUUUCCUGAUUGUGAAGUUUUUCUUGAAAAAGCAUCAGAUUUUGAUGCUGAAAUUAUUUUAUAUUGCUAGCAUUUAAAAAAAAUGAGAAAUAAUUUCAGCUUGAAAACCAAUAUGUCGAAUUUUUGAAACGUAUUUUUUCCUGGAAGUUUUUUUUCCGAAAAUAAUUUUCUUACACUAAUUUUUUUGUUAAGUGAUUAAAAAUUACUUAUGUAACAAAAAAAUCCCCCCUUUUCCAGACCAAAUCGAUAAUCAAUUAUAUCUGUCAAUUGGAUGAAACCGAAAAAGAGUCAACAAUAAAUCUGGUCGUCGAAUUCAUCAAAACAUCAGCAGAAUCGCCAAUUUUGGAAAGCCGCCAAAAAAUUUUGGACAUUGGCGAGCAAAUUGUCUCGUAUUUUAUGACCAAGAAAACCGAAAAUCUUUGUGAUUUGCGCAAAAAAUUGAUAUUGAUUCGAGAUUUGUAUGAGGAACGAAAAAUGACGACACUUUUAUCGGAUUUUAAUGAGAAAUCAUGGCAAGAAGCACAAAUUCGAUAUUAUCGCAAAAAUGAGCAAUUGACGAUUUAUGAGGUUUGAUUUUUGGCCCUAGCACUGAAAUCCAGGUAAAACUUUUUUGUUUAGAAAAUCAAAAAAUGCACCAAAAUUGGAAUUGCGAUUGAUGAAUUGAUGACGGCGAUGUUGUCUGAUGCUUGUGCUGGAAAUAAUUAUCAGCAGAUGGUGGAUAUUUUUGUGUGAGUUUUUUUUUGGCUGGAAUUUUUUGGAAUAUUUUCAGAGAACAGAAUAUGAAAUGAUGAGAAAUCUGGAAAAUAUUUGAAAUAACAAUUUUGGAAAGAAUUUUGGCUUUAAAAUAUCUGAUUUUCAGUGAAUACUCUUUUUUCUUCAAAUUUCAAGCUUAAAUUCGAGUCUAAAAAAUUAAUAAUAACAUCAAAUUUUGCGAAAUCCUCUAAUUUUUUGCAGUGCUUCUGUUGAAUCAGUCGGAACUUGGAUUACACCAUCUCAAGAAAUUGUUGAUGUUAUUUGUGAACUUUUGGUUUUUAUUGUUUAUCGAAUUCCGAAUAUUUAUGAAAAUGAAACUGAUGCCGAUCAAGCACAAAAUGUAAGCCUUUUUGUGCUUUUUUUGGGGCUCAAAAAUUCCCGGAAGUUUUACGAUUCAAAAUUUUUAUAUUUUAAUUUUUUUGAAAAAUACAUUGAUUUCAUUUUGAAAAAAUAAUUAUUCAAAAAUUAGAGAAACAAAAGUUCACAAGCUUCAGAAAAUGUAAAUUUUCAGGAUUUUUUGAAACAGAACUAAGAAAGUUUGAAAUUUCUGCCUUUUUUUGGGCUCAAAAAUUCCCGAAAUUUUUAAGAUUCAAAAUUUUUUUAUUUGGAAAACUACAUUAAUUACAGGAAUUUGUGUUAAUAAAAAAAAUUACAGAAAAAAAAAAUCUCCAAAUAUUUUUGCAGCUAAUCGAAAUGAUUGGAAGUAUGAGUAGAUCUCUUCGCAAAUUAUUAUCCACAUUUUCAUUGGAAAUUUUGGAAAAUGAUAUUGAUUAUUUAUUGCAAAUCGAAUCCUAUUUCUAUAUGUUUGAACGAAUUGUGAAACAAGCAUUGAAAGGACAAGAUUUGGAAACGGAAACCAAUUCGAAUUCACAAAAUCAACAUCAAGAUGAGAUUGCCAGAGAAUCGAGAUUGAUCUAUGGUUUUUCGAGACGGCAUGGAAUUUAUGAUUGUAGCAAUGAUCCGGCACUUUUUGAGGGAGUUUCGGCGAUUUUGGCGGCUGCGAGAGUUGCGCCAAGUGUUGCAAGACCGUAUACUUCUGAUAUGUUAGUUGGGGGAGGGUUUUGGUGCAAAAAAUCUAGAUCAGGCUGAAAUUCAAUAUUUGCAGCUCUGAAAAUGAAGCGCACGAUUUCCGUAUGAAUUGGGAAGAAUUGACAAUGUUUUUGGCGAUGCAUUCACAAGUUUUGCUUGAUGUCAAUGUUCGAGUUUAUGCGUGCUCUUUGAGUGAGUUUUUUGUGAAGUUUUGGCUGAAAAAUCUGAAAUUUUAUGAUAUUUUUGGCGAAAAUUGAAUUCUUGAAAAAAUAUGUUUCAAAAUUUUCAUAUUUUUUAAUCGAAAAAUAUCAAAAAAUUUCAACUGGAAAAAUUAGAAAGCUGAAAAUCUUGAGUUUUCUCUGAAAUUUAAGCUCUCCAUAGAAUUUCAACAAAAAAGCUGAAAUUUUCCAGCAUGGAAAAAAAAAAUUUUCUGUUUGUUUUUUUUUCCAAAAAUUUCUGUUUGAAGGCCCAAAUUUUGAGGAAAAUUCUGAAAUUUUUCAAUUUUUUGAACUUUCAGAAAAAAAUCAGAAUUUAAAAUUUUGGAAAAUUUUUUUAGAAACUUUCAAUUUUUUAAACAGAAAAAUCAGAAUUCAAAAUUUCGAACAAAAAUUUCUGAAAUUUUUCAAUUUUUUGAACUUUCAGAAAAAAAUCAGAAUUUAAAAUUUCGAACAAAAAUUUUAGAAACUCUCAAUUUUUUUUGAACAGAAAAAAAAAAUCAGAAUUUAAAACUUUGAACAAAAAUUUCUGAAAUUUUUCAAUUUUUUUGAACUUUUAGAAAAAAAUCAGAAUUUAAAAUUUCGAGCAAAAAUUUUUGAACUUUCAUGCAAAAUUUAGGCUGAAAAUAUUGUUCUCAAAAUUCCAUAAUUCUCAAAAUUUUCAAUAAUUUUGAAUUUAGGCCCAAAUUUUGAUGAGAAUUCUGAAAUUUUCAAUUUUUCACAAGUUAUCCCAAUUUUCGCCUUUUCCAGAAUGUUUCUCUGGCGAAUGGCGUCAAGCGAUUCUCGAAAUCGGUCAAAGCGUGUUCACAGUCGUCGAGCGAAUGAUUCAACAAGAAAAAUUCGACGGCUGGCAUGCGGCAACUUUGCUCAACGGUCUCACCGGCACCGAAGCCAACAAAAAAAUGCUGGAAUUACGUGGCUCGACUGGAAUUCAACGCAACAUUCAAGCGCAAAUCAACUUCAUCACUCUCGCCUUCUUCAUGACGUUUCGCAGUCAAAGUUUCGAAAUGCUUCCCUCCAUCAUUCAUUCCGCGGAAAAUAAGUUUUUGGUGAAGAAGCUGGCGAAAUUGGGAAUUCGCACCAAUUUGGCAGGACAAUCGCCAGAUAUUGUUGAGAAGAUUGUGAGACAGGCGGCGAAUUUGGCGACGCCUUUAGCACCUUUUCGACUUUUUGAAUAUUUGGAGAUUAUUUUGGAGAAAUUUGUGAGAGGUGCCGGAAAAAAUGGGGCGAAAUCGAUUGAGGAAUUUAUGAUUCAAUACGCGUUUUUGAUUGUGCAAAAAGCAUCGGCGGCUGGAAAUUGUGGAGAUUCGAAAAUGAGAUCGAAGAAAAUCGAAGAGUUGCUUGAAAUCGCUGGAAGUGCCCUAUACAUGCUGGACACGGAAAAAUGUGGAGAAUUGGUUUGUAACUAUUUCCAAUGUUUGGUCUACGUCAUUUGUCCAUAUAACUAUGAAGUGAUCCAAUUUUGCUGUCAUAUUUUGUCGAGAUUCUCCACGGAAGAUGAGAUGGCAAAAGGGGGAUUUUGCAAGAAUUUGCAGAAUGUUGUUAGCUUUUUGUGGGGAUAUCAAAGAACGAAUCAUAUGACGAAAGAGGAAUCGAUUUGGUAUACGAAAAGGGAACAUCGAUUGGCGGCGGAUUUGAAGGUGGGGUUUGUGAAAUUUGGAGAAAAAUCUGAAUUUUUCAAUAUUUUUAGGGAAAAAAAAAUGAAAAAAUUCAAUAAUUCUAGGAAAAUUUUGAUAAAUUUUGAGAAAAAUCUGAAUUAUCUCAAAUUUUUGCUUUUAUAAAAAAUCCCGGAAAAAAUAUGUUUCAAAAUUUUGUGAAAUUUUGAAAUUUUUAUAAAAUUUUCGAUUUUGUUAAUAAAUAUUCAGCAAAAAAUGUUUAAAAAAUCUGAAGCUUCUAAAUUUUGAGACUGAGAAAAAAUUAUCCGAAAAAAUAGAUUUUUGAACUCAUAUUCUCAAUUUUCAGUGAAAAAAAUGAGAAAAUUCAAUAAUUCUAGGAAAAUUUUGAGAAAUUUUGAGAAAAAUCUGAAUUCUCUCGAAUUUUUGCUUUUAUAAAAAAUCCUGGAAAAAAUAUGUUUCAAAAUUUUGUGAAAUUUUGAAAUUUUUAUAAAAUUUUCGAUUUUGUUAAUAUAUAUUCAGCAAAAAAUGUUUAAAAAAUUUGAAGGUUCUGAAUUUUGAGACAGAAAAAAUUAUCCGCAAAAAUAGAUUUUUUUUGAACUCAGAUUUUCAAUUUUCAGUGAAAAAAUGAGAACAUUCAAUAAUUCUAGGAAAAUUUUGAUAAAUUUUGAGAAAAACUGAAUUAUGCCAAAUUUUUGCUUUUAUAAAAAAUCCUGGAAAAAAUAUGUUUCAAAAUUUUGUGAAAUUUUGAAAUUUUUAUACAAUUUUUAAUUUUUCAUCCAUGAAUUUUUCGAAAUUGCAAAUUGAAAUUUGAAGUUUAUUGAAGCAUAAUUACUUGUUCCAAUAUUAUCAGUGAAAAAAACUGUGAAAAAUUGAAUCUCAUCUAUUUUUGGAGUCAAAAUUUCAGUGAAUCUGGAAAAACUGGAAAAAACUGGAAAUUUCUAUUUUUUUUCUUCUUUUUAAUUUUGAAAAAGUUAAAAAAACACCAAAUCUGUCUGAUUUUCCAUUCCUAACUCGAAAAUUCAUUACAGGAAUACGAAAAAACAUCUGGACAUAUGUAUCCAUUCGGAAUGGCGUUGAAAAUGGAUUAUGAAGGAUCGAAUGAUGAUAUGUCGGAUUCGACUGAAGCUGAUUCAACAUGCUCAAAUAAGGAUAUUGUUUAUGAGAAGGAUAAUGUUAUUAUCAGCGAUAUUCCACCAUUGGUAAGCGUUUUUGAUCGGAAAAAUUGAGAAAAUCUCAUAAUUUUGAGCUUAAAAUCAUGGAAAAUGGCCUAUUUUGAGCAUUGCUCAUGUUAAUGAAAUUCUUAGAGCCAAAAAUCUGAGAAACUCAAUUUUUAAAGCAUUAUUGCUCAUGUUAAAUUUUAGAUUCUUUAUAAAAAUCAGGUUAAUUAGGCUCAAAACUGAAUUUUUUAAGCAUUGCUCAUGCUAAUGAAGUUUUUAGAGCCAAAAAUCAUAGAAACUCAAUUUUUAAUAUCAUUGCUCAUGUUAAAUUUUAAGAUUCUUUAUAAAAAUCAGGUUAAUUAAGCUCAAAACUAAAUUUUGAAGCAUUGCUCAUGUUAAUGGGGAAGCCUGAAGUUUUGGAGCUAAAAAUCGUUUUAAAAAAUCGAUUUUUGAAAGCAUUGCUCAUGUUUAUUUUCAGAUUUAAAUGACAAAAAUCAAAAUUUGAAAAAAAAAAUCAAUUUUUGCAGUCAUCCAAACGAAUUCCUCUCCACAUUUUCCUGAUGCAAAAGAAAAAUGAUAUCGACGAAGUUUUGAUGGAAAUUGUAAAAUCCGAAUUAUCGAUUACAAAUGUGACAAUUUGGCAAUCAUCUUUGAGAUCAGUCAAUUGGUUAUCAAAACGUUUUUCACGAACUCAAUUACUAUCCUCAGCCAUUUUCUCGCACGCAAAUCGUUUUGCAAAAGUCGAACAAUCGUUGCCGAAAGAAGAUCGAUAUGUUAUAUCAUAUCUUCUCUCAUCAAAUCCCAAUCGAUCGGUUGUGAUUUCAACAAUUGCAUUGUUGUUUCGAAAAAUUAUUCUGAGUGAUGUGAAAAUUGAUUUGUUGAGAAUGGGUUUGGAAAUUGCGCAAAAAUGGAUAAAUACACCGGAAAUUGAACCGGCGAUGGAUGAAAAUGAAAGACUGGCGAUUGUUGAACAAUGUGAUCGAUUGAAGGAUGGAAUUGCAAAGUUUUAUACGGAAUUGGCGUUGAAAAAAGUGAGAGAGUUUUUGGGGAAUUUUUCGGAAAAUUUAGAAUUUUCCGUUCCUGAAGAGAUUUCUGAAUUGAAAUUUUGAAAAUCCGACAUAAAUUUUCUUUAUGGGGUGAGUCAUAAAAAUAAAUUGACAAAAAAAGUGCGAUUAAUUUCACGUUUUUGUCAAUUAAUCGCUUUUUUCAGAAAUGAAUGCGAUUAAUUGACAAAAAACGUGAAAUUAAUCGCACUUUUUUUGUCAAUUUAUUUUUAUGACUCACCCCAUUAGAGCUCCUAUUUUUAUUUAAAAAAAAAACCAUAGUUUCUGAAUGAACUAACUUCUGAAAUUUUAACUCUAGAAUUUCAAAAAUCUCUGAAAUUUGGGAUUUCUCGGGUUCAGCUUGAAAAUGAGGUAGAAAACUGGAAAAUUCACGAUUUUUGAACCCAGAAACAAUUUUUGAUCGAAGUUUUGGAAAUUUAAAGUUCUGCUACUGAAAAAUCCUGAAAUUCUGAAAAUUUUGCUCAAAAACUGUUGGAAUUUUCAUUUUCCCGAAUUUUUGGAUCCAGAAGACUUGAAAAAUUCAUAACAUAAAAAAUGCGGGAAAAAUAUGUUUCAAACAAAAAAAUUAUUGAAUGAUCCAUUUUCAACCAAAAUGUUCUUUGAAGUUGACAGCAAGUCUGAUUUAGAUAAAGCCUCAUUUUCUCCCCCUAUUUUCCCCAUGUUUUUUUGUUGUUUCAGAAUGGAAUGUUCAAUGAAAAAACAGCGGAUAGUGUUGAAAAAGUGGAAGAAUUGUGCACAAUAAUAUAUGAUGAAGUAAUUGAUUGGAGUGAUUCGAAAGAUGUCGAAUUGAAAUGUGAAAUUGUUGAACAAAUUGCAGCAGCGAAUAGUUUGGAUUUACCCAAAUUACAUGAGAAUAUUUUGAUGAAUUGGAUCAAUGAUCAAGUUGUUGUUCAAUCGUUUGAUCAUAUUGAUUUGAAUGAUGUGAGUUAGAUUUUGAUUUUUGAUGGAAAAACAUUUAAAUUGGCAUUUUUUAAGCUCAAAAUUUGAUGCAGAGCUCUAAAUUUUGAAAAAGAGCACAAAAACUAGAUUUUUUAUGAAAAAAAUUCCACGUGGCAUAUUUUGCGCCGAAAAUUUGAUUCAGAGCUCAACAUUUUAGAAAUGUAGCUCAAAAACUAGAUUUUUUGUUCCCAAAGAAACAAAAAUCAGAUUUUUGAUGAGAAAAAUUCCACGUGGCAUUUUUUGUGCUUAAAAUUUAAUGCAGAGCUCCAAAUUUUGAAAAAGAGCUCAAAAACUAGAUUUUUUGUCCCAAAGAAUCAAAUAUUUUUCACCGGAGCCUAAUUUUGAUUCAAAAAUUCGAAUUUUUCAAAAACAAAAAAAAUACGUUUCAAAAUUUUGAUAUAAUUUAUCAUCAAUUUUUUUCAAUGCUAACUAUAAACAUCAAUUAUUGAAAACCAAAAUUCUCCAAAUUUGGAUGAAAAUUUUGAAAUUAUCGUUUUUGAAUCAAAAUUCGUGGAAAUUUUAAUCAUUCCCAGUGAUACAAUACAAAGCUUAGAAAAUUUCUAACAAAAUUAACCUCCAAUUUUUUCAAAAAAAAAUAUUUCUAGACCCAAAAUUUAUCUUUAUUUUUGCAGUCUCUCGGAGGUGGUUCUUUCCUAACAAACACAUCCGAUGAUCCAAACAUCAACAACAAAUCCUCUCAAAAUUCCAACGACGAAAUCCUGAAACUUCCAAUUUUCGACAAAGUCGUCGAUAAAAUGACACAUUUAUGUCAAAAAAUCGAUCGACACGAUUUGCUAUCGAAACUCUUUUCGAUUUUUGUGCAAUCUGGUGAAAAAACGGCCAAUGGAUUUGUGUCGAUUGUUCGAGCAUCGUCGAUUUUGUUGAGGAAUUUUAGCGAUGCUGAAAUGAAGGCGUGGAAUGGAAAAGUGUCGCAUGUUUGGUUGUGGUUAGUGUUUUAGGGGGAACAAUUACGAUGCUCCGCGUUUACGCCAUCGAAAAUUGUUGAAUUUGAGGGUGUAAACGCGGAGUAUUGUUUGAAAGUGGAUUUUUUAUGCUCUCAGACUUCCGAUUUUCAAACGAUGCUCCGCGUUUACAGCUCUUGUUGAUUUUGGGUGUAAAAGCGGAGUAUCGUUAAAAAAAUGUAUUUUUUGCGAUGAUCUACUUUUACACCAUAAAAAUGUGGUGUAAUUGUGGAGCAUCGUUGUUACGAUUAAGUUUCUUGAAACAACAAAUCUUGGUAAAAAAGCCACGUGGAUUUUUUACCUUUAGAAACAUUUUUUGGCUGAAAAUUCAUUCUUUUCAUGAAAAAUCACCAAAAAACUUCAAUUUUCCAGCGAAAAAACGGGAGAACAUUUGAUAAAUCGUCUAAUGCAUCUAACAAAUGUAAAACCAUCAACAUCUGGCCAAAAUCAAGACAAUAGUCAAUUAAUUCGUUCAUUAUUACAAUGUCCAACUCGAACUCCAAUUAUGUCAACACUAAUUGCUUGUCUAAUAAUUGAUAAUUCAUAUAAAGAGACGAAAAAUAUCGAACAAAUCAUUGCUCGAUUACAAAUCUCAAAACAAUGGACAAUAUUGAAAGCAUUGUUGGAUUAUUCGAUUGAUAAUGAAUUGAGUUGUGAUAUCAAAUCAUUUGCAUUGGCUUGGUUUAGAGUUUAUGAAAAUGCGUUGACUGAGGAUGUUAGGGUAAGUUGUGGCGAAUUUUGGGGGGAAUUUUAAUUUUUUAAUUAAAAUCUCAGAAAUUAGCUCGGAAUUCUAGAAAAAAGUUGCUAAUUUUGUAGAAUUUGUAACGGUUUUUGGAAGCACACCAUUUUGUUAUUCAAAUUAUUUUUAUUAUUUUUGAAACGUAAUUUUUGGGGUUAUUUUUUAAAUUGAUUUUUUUGAGAAAUUUCAUUUUUUUUAGUUUCAAACAAAAUAAAUUUAGCUUCUCAGCCUUAAAAUCUUCCCAAAGCUUUCAAAUUUUGAAAAAAUAAUGAUUUUGAAAUUUUUAUGACGUGGUUUUUUUUAUUAAAAAUCUCAGAAAUUAGCUUGGAAUUUUUGAAAAAUUGCCUUAUUUUGUUUUAACAAAAAAAAUUUUAAAAAUUAUAAAGAAUCUUGAAAGCACACCAUUUUUUUAUUCAAAAUACUUUUGCAAUUUUUGAAACGUAAUUUUUGGGGUUAUUUUUAUAAUUGAUUUAUUUUUGAGAAAUUUCAUUUUUUUCAUUUUCGUUGCAUGUUUUCUAGCAAAAACAACAUGUAAAAAUUCAAGAAUUUAAAAUUUUCAGCCAAUUCUAUUUUUUUGCAGUCAACCGACUCGGAAUGGUCAGAUUGGCAAUGUGUUUCACUUCGAAAAUGGUCACUUUGGUCAAUGAAAUGUAAUGUGGAAGGUGGAAGACAAACGAAUAUUUAUCGAAUUUUGCGCGAUUUGUCAUGCCCAAUUUCGGCCUAUAUUAUAACACUUAUCUCCAAUUUUAAUUCGAUGGUGAGAUUUUUUGUUUUUGGGGUUGAAAACUGGGGACCGCAAGAUUCCGCAAAGCGGCACUAUCUACCGGCCACGCUCUAUGAGAUCUCUAUGAGGGCGGAAACUAGAAAUUCCACGUCAUAGUAAGUCACGUGGCCGACAUUUUGAUUUUAUCCAAAAAACCUGAAAACCCGAAUUCUCCAAAUUUUUGCAGAAAUUGGAACCAAUUGACACGAAGAACUUGAAACGAGAUUUGGAAUUGGGAUGGACAAAAGAACAGACAAAUCGAAAUGUUUCAAAUAGUAUUGUUGUCAAAAUGGAAGAAUGA